AUGGACUGUAUCUACAGCGGAGAUCUUCAGAUCAAUGAAGAAAACGUGUUUGAAGUUCUUGCUGCCGCAGACUAUCUUCAAGUGAGAAAUGUUCUUCAACAAUGUUGUGAUUUCUUGUUGACUGAAAUUAUUCAGUCAGCUCGAUUUGAUAUACAAAUGUAUCGUCGCGUUUGGACAGUUACCGAUAAACACAACCUUAGGGAAGUUAAGAAGGCCGCAGAUCCCAAGAAGGCAUCUAUGUAUACAGAUGUGGGUGAAAGUGAAGAGUUCCUGUCGAAUAUCGACGCAGACCAACUACUCAGCCUUCUCGGUCGAGAUGACCUCAAUGCGCCUUCGGAGACAUUCGUCUUCAAAUCUGUUCUUGUUGCAUUUUGCCCAAGGAAGAAGUCGAACCAUAACAGAACUGUUCGAGAAGCGAUGCCUUACUACUUUGAUGAGGAAAGUAAAGAAUGGAAACUUUUAAAAUCUGUGCCAAAUUUAUCACAAACAAAGUUGAGUUUCCCCAAGAUAAUCCAAUGUUUGUGUUGUGUUGGUGACCAUGUUUAUGCAGUUAGUGAAUCUAGUCCACCCAGGAUUUACAGUUUGGCUGACAACACCUGGCAGCAGGGUGGGGACAAUUUGCAUUUAUUUACACGAAGAGGAUUAAAAUCUGUAGCAGCAGCAGUAAUGAACUCUAAGUUAUAUGUUAUGCAUGGGUUCCUUGAAGCAGACCCUGCCUUAGUGCAUUGUUUUGACCCUCAAAAAAAUGAAUGGGAAAACGUCGCCUCGACGUGUUAUCCUCACUUUGGAUCCAGUCUUUUUGUGGUCGGUAACAAACUGUAUGUGGCGGGGGGUUUGAAAAAGGAGUAUAGUGAAUUCGAUAUAUCAUACCCUGAAAAUGCACCGGUAGAAGUUUUCAAUGAGAGGAAAAGAACUUCAUCCUUGUUUAGUAGAAGGAGAAAAAAAGAACCACUGAACAGCUGGUCUGUUGUAGAACAGAAACAUAUCCCCGCCAAUAAUCUCGGUGCAGUGGAAAUAGAAGGGAGGGUGUAUUUCAUCAUCAAUGAAUUUCCAGUCGACAGUGGGAUUGGAAUUCAGCCAGAGGACACGCACCAGGUUAAUCUUGAUGAAUGGAAAAACUUAAGGACUGUAAGUGAGCGGGCAGUCCUGUGUUAUUUGCCUGUAAAAAAAGAAGACUUAAAUUGA